AUGUUGGCUUGGAAACCUGUCCUCAACCAAUCCGGUCCUACCGAGUUUGUCUUCCGGGUGUUCACCACUGUCCCGGAACUCCAGGUCCUUCUCUUCCUUCUCUUCCUCCUCCUCUACCUCAUGAUCCUCUGCGGCAACACGGCCAUCAUCUGGGUGGUCUGCACACACAGCUCCCUCCACACACCCAUGUACUUCUUCCUCUGCAACCUCUCCUUCCUGGAAAUGUGCUACACCACUGUGGUGGUGCCCCUGAUGCUUUCCAACAUUUGGGGGCCUCAGAAGCCCAUUCCACUGGCUGGCUGUGGAGCCCAAAUGUUCUUCUUUGUUACUCUUGGCAGCAUUGACUGUUUCCUGCUGGCAGUGAUGGCAUAUGAUCGCUAUGUGGCCAUCUGCCACCCACUGCACUACACCCUCAUCAUGACCCACAAGCUUUGCGUUCAGAUGGUGGUGGCAUCCAUAGGCCUGGCCCUGUUUCUCUCCCUACAACUCACCACCUUAAUCUUCACCCUACCCUUCUGAGGACGCCACCGGGAGAUUAACCACUUCCUCUGCGAUGUGCCUCCAGUCCUGCGCCUGGCCUGUGCUGACAUCCGCGUGCAACAGGGUGUCCUGUAUGUCGUGGGCAUUCUCGUGCUGACUGUCCCCUUCCUGCUUAUCAGCAUCUCCUACGGGUUCAUCGCCCGCACCAUCCUCCGCAUCCGCUCUGCAGAAGGCCGCAGCAGAGCAUUCUCCACCUGCUCCUCUCACCUCACUGUGGUCUUGAUUCAGUAUGGAUGUUGCAGCCUAGUCUACUUGCGCUCCAGCACCUCAGAAGACGAACAACGAAAACUCGCUCUGGUCUACACCUUUAUCACGCCCUUACUCAACCCUUUGAUUUACACACUCAGGAAUCAAGAUAUCAAAGGGGCACUGAAGAAAGCUAUUGUUAGUAAGGCGGCUUCUGACACCCACUGA